AUGGCGUCAGUUCCAACACAUAAAGACGAAAAAGAGAAGAAGAAUGACGAAUUGGCGACGGCGAUUUUGAAAAAUAAGGCGAAACCGAAUCGAUUGAUUGUUGAUCAACAAUCUGACAAGGAUGAUAAUACUGUCAUCUCAUUGUCACAAGCCAAAAUGGAUGAGUUGAACUUGUUCAGAGGAGAUGCUGUUAUUUUGAAGGUUCGAGUUGGAAACAUCUUGAUAAAAUACAUGUUUUCUAGUAAUUUCCUAUCCGCUAAUCACAAUUCUGUUGUCAAAAACAAGUUAGCUCAACUCUGAACAUGAGUUAUUAUGUAUAAGUGAGCAAAUUUCGAAACAUAGUGAUCAUAUGAAGUUAAUACUACCUUUAAAAUGAUUUUCAUUAAAAUCCUUCUGAUGAAGAUCAUUUUUAAAGAUAGUAAUAACUUCAUAUAAUCCCUAUGUUUCGAAAUUUGCUCACUUACACAUAAUAACUCAUGUUUAGAGUUAAGCUAAGUUGUUUUUGACAACAGAAUUGUGAUCAGUGGGUAGGAAAUUACUAGAGAACAUGUAUUUUAUCAGGAUUUCGAGCUGAAAGUUUCAGAAAUGCACAAUUUAAGAACUUGUAAAGUCCCCCGAUUCUCCAAAUUCUACCAAGAUUUCAAACGUUCUGUUUGAGAGCUUAUUUUGAUUUUGGAGGGUUUUAUGAAUUUACGAGUGUCAUACUUGUGCAAAAUCAAUAUUACCAUGUCAAAAAAUCUCAAAAUCAGGAGAAAAUCUCUGACGUCACGCCUAGCCGCUGAAUUUCUCUCCAAAAACAUUUUUGACAACAAUUACCACGAUAAAACCUAGUAUUUUGCAGGGAAAGAAGCGGAAGGAGACAGUUGCGAUUGUUUUGGCUGAUGAAGGUUGUGCUAACGAGAAGAUCAAGAUGAAUCGUGUGGUUCGUAACAAUUUGCGAGUUCGUCUUGGAGAUGUUGUGCAAGUCACACCGGCUCCAGGAUUGGGUUAUGGACAAAGAAUCCACGUUUUGCCGAUUGAUGAUACUAUUGAGGGUUUGACUGGGUAAGGAUUGGAUAUUUUCUAAGAAAAUGAGUAGAAAUCUUGGGUUUUGACCAUUUUCCUAGGAUAAACAGGUCUAAGACAAUUCGAAUGAUAUAAAUUUUUAUGGAAUUAGCUCACAAGGGAAGUGCAUAAGGUCAAGUGUUGAACUUUUGAUGAAACAUGACGAAAUAUACCAAAUCGACCAUGCUGAUCACGAUUCCGAAGUCAAAAAUUGCCACAAAUGUCUCUGAGCACUUUUCUGGAGCUCCAAUGUUGAAAUCGAGUUUAGGUUUUUACCCAUUUCCACCCUGUUGAUUUUUCACACAGGAACAGGGUGAAAAUGGGCAAAAACCAAAACUCGAUUUCAACUUUGGAGCUCCAGAAAAGUGCUCAGAGACAUUUGUGGCAAUUUUUGACUUCGGAAUCGUGAUCAGCAUGGUCGAUUUGGUAUAUUUCGUCAUUUUUCAUCAAAAGUUCAACACCUGACUUUAUGUACUUUCCUUGUCAGCCAUAAGGGAUUUAGCGAAGUUAUCAGUGGAGUCCGAGCAAAAAUUAAGUUGUGCUCAUUUGAAAGAGCAUGUUCUAAUUAGUAGAAUCCUCGUUGGAUUUUUUCUGGAAGUUUCUCAAGCUACAGUACUUAUGGACUUUUAAGCCAAUUGAGAAGCUUCCAGAAAAAAUCCCUUUGAGGAUUCUACUAAUUAGAACAUGCUCUUUCAAAUGAGCACAACUUAAUUUUUGCUCGGUUUCCACCUUUAAUUGAUAACUUCGCUAAAUCACUUAUGGCUGACCUAAUUUCAUAAAAGUUUAUAUCAUUCGAAUUGUCUUAGACCUGUUUAUCCUAGGAAAAUGGUUAAAAACCAAGAUUUUUACUCAUCGAUUUACGAGAAGCCCGAUUCAUAGCAAAAAUGUUUGCAGAAACCUCUUCGAUGUUUUCCUCAAGCCAUACUUCCUUGAAGCUUAUCGUCCAGUCCACAAAGGUGAUAUAUUCACAGUUCAAGCCGCCAUGAGAACUGUUGAAUUCAAAGUUGUCGAAACUGAUCCAUCUCCAGCUUGUAUUGUUGCUCCAGACACAAUAAUUCAUUAUGAAGGAGAUGCGAUUAAACGAGAAGAAGAAGAGGAGAAUUUGAAUGAUGUUGGAUAUGAUGAUAUUGGAGGAGUUCGCAAACAACUUGCACAAAUCAAAGAAAUGGUCGAAUUACCAUUAAGACAUCCACAAUUAUUCAAAGCAAUUGGUGUCAAACCACCAAGAGGAAUCUUGUUAUUUGGACCACCGGGAACUGGUAAAACAUUGAUUGCCAGAGCUGUUGCUAAUGAGACUGGAAGCUUCUUCUUCCUUAUUAAUGGACCGGAGAUUAUGUCAAAAAUGAGUGGAGAAUCGGAAUCGAAUUUGAGAAAGGCUUUUGAGGAAUGCGAGAAGAAUCAACCGGCAAUCUUGUUUAUUGAUGAAAUUGAUGCGAUUGCACCGAAAAGAGAGAAGACUAAUGGAGAAGUUGAGAGAAGAAUUGUAUCGCAAUUGUUGACUUUGAUGGAUGGAGUUAAAGGUGCGCGAAAGAGCCCUGUUUCGAGCAAAAAAUCCAUGAAAAUUGAUCCUAGAUUGAAAAUUGUCACCAAAAUUUCAGGAAAAUCUAACGAAAUUCCAUCAAAAUUGAUCAUAAUUCCAAGAUUUUCAAAAAUCUUGUUCAAAAUAAGAAUAGCGCUAUUUGACCUCAAAAAAUCGACAUUUUUCAACAUUUUCAAGUUAUUGUAUUGUGAAAACGAAAUGAAUCGCACAAUUAGAAAAUAUUUUUGAACUUUAGAGAAAAACAAAAGACCAAGGGAAAAAGUGGGUCACAAAAUCAAAAAAUAGAUUUUGUGAUCGACCUUUUCCCUCUGUGGUUUAUUUUUCUCUGAAAUUCAAAAAUAUUUUCUAAUUGCGCGAUUCAUUUCGUUUUCACAAUACAAUAACUUGAGAAUUUCGAAAAAUGCCCAUUUUUUGAGACCAAAUAGUCCUUUUUCUUAUGUUGAACAAGAUUUUCGAAAAUCUUGGGAUUAUGAUCAACUAGUUGAUCUUUACGCCAAAAUUUCUGAUUUUUUGAAUCCAAAAACUUACUGAGAUAUCGAAUUUAGGUUCUGGUAAAAAUAUCCACAAUUUUCGGCUUGAAAAUAAUCUAGAAAUGACUGAAAAUCAAAUCCUCUGAUUUUUCGAUAAUUUUUCACGUGACCUUCUAUUUUUCAAAAUUAAAAUUUCCAUUCAAAAUGUCAUUUUCGUAUUAAGAAAAUAUGCGAAGCUGUAAGUUAUACUAAAUUUGAGAUCCCCUUGAACCCACUUUUUUCCAUCUCCAACUCUUCCAAUUUCCAGGAAGAUCAAACCUCGUUGUAAUUGCCGCCACAAAUCGUCCAAAUUCAAUCGAUGGAGCUCUUCGUCGUUUCGGAAGAUUUGAUCGUGAAAUCGAUAUUGGAAUUCCGGAUGCUGUUGGAAGAUUGGAAGUUUUGAGAAUUCAUACCAAAAAUAUGAAAUUGGCUGAUGAUGUUGACUUGGAACAGGUAGAUUUUUGUGAAAUUUCGGACUAAGAGGGAGCUCUAGAAAUGCACAAUUUUCGUCAAAAUCGCAAAAUUCUGGCUCCUAAGCUUUUGCUCGAGCUCUUCUCUCUGAAAAUGCACAAUUUAAGAACUUGUAAAGUCCCCCGAUCUUUCAAAAUCUACCAAGAUUUCAAACGUUCUGUUUGAGAUCUUAUUUUGAGAUUUUGGAGGGUUUUAUGGAUUUACGAGUGUCAUACUUGUGCUAAAUAGAAUUUUCAUGUCAAAAAUACGCUGAAAAUCAAGAGAAAAUCUCUGACGUCACGCCUAGAUGCUGAAGUUUCUCUUGAGAAGUUUUCUUGACAACAAUCUAAAAUCAAUUUUCAGGUCGCCAACGAGUGUCAUGGAUUUGUCGGAGCUGAUUUGGCAUCACUUUGCUCCGAAGCUGCUCUUCAACAAAUUCGCGAGAAGAUGGAAUUGAUUGAUUUGGAAGACGAUACAAUUGAUGCUGAAGUAUUGAAUUCACUCGCAGUCACUAUGGAAAACUUCAGAUUUGCAAUGGGAAAAUCAUCACCAUCUGCAUUGAGAGAAGCUGUUGUCGAAACACCAAAUACCACGUGGAACGAUAUUGGAGGACUUCAAAAUGUCAAGAGGGAAUUGCAAGAAUUGGUGCAAUAUCCAGUUGAACAUCCCGAAAAGUAUUUGAAAUUCGGAAUGCAACCAUCUCGUGGUGUUUUGUUCUAUGGUCCACCUGGAUGUGGUAAAACACUUUUGGCAAAAGCUAUUGCGAAUGAAUGCCAAGCGAAUUUCAUCUCAAUCAAGGGACCCGAAUUGUUGACUAUGUGGUUUGGAGAAUCGGAAGCCAAUGUUAGAGAUGUUUUUGAUAAGGCAAGAGCUGCGGCACCGUGUGUUUUGUUCUUUGAUGAAUUGGAUUCGAUUGCCAAGGCUAGAGGUGAGCGAUUUUGAUGGAAAUUUGGCUGAAAUUGGUUCAGAUUCAGGGUUUUCUUGAUAUUUUGAACAAAAAUUUGCCUGAUUUUUGCUUAAAAUUUCAGAAUUUUCUCAUUAACCACUCUUAGAUCAUGAGAAAAUUCUGAAAUUUUGAACAAAAAUCAGGAAAUUGCUGUUUUGAAGCUCAAAAUAUCAAGAAAAACCUGAAUUUGAGCCAAUUUUAGGUUGGAAUCUAGCAAUUUUUGAUUUUUCGCGUCAAAAAUCACUCCAAAUUCCAUGUUCCCAUCAAAAUUCCCUUAUUUUUCUAGGAGGAGGCUCCGGUGGAGAUGGAGGCGGUGCAUCAGAUCGUGUAAUCAAUCAAGUGUUGACCGAAAUGGACGGAAUGAAUGCCAAAAAGAAUGUGUUCAUCAUUGGUGCCACAAAUCGGCCGGAUAUCAUCGAUGGAGCAGUUUUGCGUCCAGGUCGUUUGGAUCAAUUGAUCUACAUUCCAUUGCCAGACGAAGCUUCGCGUUUGCAAAUUUUCAAGGCAUCCCUUCGCAAAACACCAUUGGCCAAGGAUUUGGAUUUGACAUAUUUGGCAAAGAAUACUGUUGGAUUCAGUGGAGCUGAUUUGACUGAGAUUUGUCAAAGGUAUGGGGAUUUGGGAGGGGAAUUUGAGUCCUAAAUGUAUGAAUGCUCAAAAAUAGAUAAUUUUCGACCCUGGAAUUGCAAAAUUCUGGCUCGAAAAUGCACAAUUUAAGAACUUGUAAAGUCCCCCGAUCUUUCAAAUUCUACCAAGAUUUCAAACGUUCUGUUUGAGAUCUUAUUUUGAGAUUUUGGAAGGUUUUAUGGAUUUACGAGUGUCAUACUUGUGCUAAAUCAUAGUCAAAAAUAUACUCGAAAUCAAGAGAAAAUCUCUGACGUCACGCCUAGACGCUGAAUUUCUCUCCAAAAAUAUUUUUGACAACAAGACAACAAUUUGAAGCACCUAGCUGAAAUUUAAAAUUCCAGCUCAAAAAUCAACAUUUUCCCUAUUUUCAGAGCGUGUAAAUUGGCAAUCCGGGAAUCGAUUGAAAAGGAGAUUCGAAUCGAAAAAGAGCGUCAAGAGAGACAGGCGAGAGGAGAAGAAUUGAUGGAAGAAACUGCUGAUCCGGUGCCAGAAAUUACACGAGCUCAUUUUGAAGAGGCGAUGAAGUUUGCGAGAAGAUCGGUUACUGAUAAUGAUAUCAGAAAGUGAGUUUUUUUGGGGGGAAAUGGGAAAAUUAAUGAAAAAUUAGAUUUUAAUCAAAUUUCUACCAAAAAAUAGCUUUUUUACGAUGAAAAUGAGCCCAAAAUUUGCUCAAAAAAUUUGUGAGCUUUUCGCUUUCACCAAACUAAAAAACAUCAAGUUUUAUUGCGAAGAUUUUUGUUCAGUUUUUUUCUUGGCAGUUAAAAAACGUAUUAAAUUUGAAUGUGAUGCCUUCUCCGCUUUUUUUUUUUGUUUUCUGGGAAAUAGGAGAGAUUUUUGCUGAAAUUUUUGGGGGAUUUUUUGGAGAUGGGAAAAAUAUUGCAAUUUUGAGCAAAAGCUCAUCAAAAAAAAGGUUUUCCUAAAUUUUUGGAAAAAAUUUAAUGCGGCUCGAUUUUCAAGUUUUUUUUGGGCCGAAAAUUGGGGAUUUUUCGAGUCCGAAUAAGCCUAGAUCAGAUUUCCUUCUAAAAAUUCCCAAUUUUUUCCAGAUACGAAAUGUUCGCUCAAACUCUUCAACAAUCUCGCGGCUUCGGAAACAGUUUCAAAUUCCCGGGCAGCGAAAAUGGUGGAAAUGCUCCAGUUUCAGCUGGUGGAAAUGCUCCAGCCGCUGGAGGAAAUGCAGCCGAUGAUGAUGAUUUGUACAAUUAA